UAUGCAACUCGACAAACCAGAAACAACACGAUUAUUAAUCACCAAGCACUACUCACAUCAUUAUCUGCCGUGCUACGCCAGCAUCGAGAAGAACUACUACUAUCUUAGCAACGAUACAAAUUACUUUUACACCUGGUAUCGCAAUGACCAAAUUGUGGAGGCUCACAGCGGACGGAACGAGUUCAAAAUCUAUCGCAAUGGCACGUUACGCCUACCGCCCACUGAGCGCGCCGCUGGCGCUUACCGCUGCAAAAUCAACGUCAACACUACGGCCAUACUUUCGGUGCUCAUCACAGUGGAGUAUCCGGUGCUCAAACGCGUAACGGCUUCUACAAACAUUACCGCUGAGGUGGGUCAACCACUCGUACUCGACUGCCCGGUCGUAAGUGUGCCACCGGCAAAUAUUAGCUGGUUCUAUGGAAAAGUACCGUUAUCAAAGCAAUUCAAAGACAACAGGUAUUUAAUACUUGCCAAUGGCACACUGGUGUUACGGAAAUUGACUCUGGACGCAGCGGGGCGUUACAAAUGCUUAGCGCAAAAUCAGUUUGCCUCCAAGACGCUGUUCCGGUGGGCCUUCAAUGUGUUCGAUGAUCCUACACCCACUAGCCAUAAUGACCUCUUACCCAGUCUGCAAAAUGCGACGCAGUACGUUCCAACAGGUGGCAGCUGUCUGUUACAUUGUUAUAAUCAGAUCGACGGGCCGCUGAUUGAGUGGUGGUAUCGGAGCACAUUGAAUAAUGCGGCGCUGAAGAUCAGUAAUCACAGUAACGAAAUUGUUAUAGAGAAUGCGAGCCAGUUAAAUCAAGGUUACUACAGCUGCAUAAGUGGGCGAAGUAAUCAGACUUUCCAUGUAAUCGUGACCGCACCGCCGGUGAUCGUCGAGCCACUUAUCUCCUAUGAAAUACUGAUAACCGCUUCUUUGCAAUUUCGUUGCAACGCCACCGGCAAUCCCCGGCCGGUAAUAAGCUGGUAUCACAAUGGGGUUCCUCUCAAAAGUUCCUACACACGCUACAUUGUUGGCAACGAACUGCAUUUACACUCCUUCGAUCCGAUUGAGGCGGGCAUAUAUCAAUGCUUCGCACGAAAUAUCGCCGGAGAGGUGUACAGUGCGGGCGAGUUGCGUUUCCGCAACAAAGACGAUGGUUUGCUGCUGAAGAAUCCACUGCAGAAUAUACGCUGCUAUGCGCUCAGCUUUAAUACGAUCAAUGUGACUUUUGAAAGCAACUUUUUUGAGUCGCUCUUCAUUGUGCACAUUGUGCAGAAUAAUCCGCAUCGUUGGAUCUCCCCAUUCGCGCCGAUGAAACUAAAUCAUACCUCACAUUUGGUCAUCUCAAGCCACCUACCCGUUUACCGUCCCUUUGAGCUGAUCACACGCGUACUAGUGCCGACCUCAGAGAUACGUUUGGCCAACAAGACACAACAACAGACAAUACUCAGCUCAUUAAGAAGCCCACCGGUGACAUGCUGCACGCAAGGCUUGCUCUUACAUUUGGUGCACAUGGGCAAUGAUACCUUUGUCACUUGGUCACAGCCGGAAUUGAAGGGCAAGAAGUAUUUUAUACUCCAAUUCUCCGGCAAUCACACACAACCGCAUCCGCAGCAAUUGCUUAGUCAGCAUCUACGUGGUACUGUGCAGCACGUGGACCUCACACAGGAGGAUGUCGCUCAGAAGCUCUGUGAUAUUGAAGCGCUCAAUAAAGCACAGACGCGUGCGGUUUUGAGGAGCGCUCAGGCAGGUUAUAUUGAUAACAACAGUCAUGUGGAAUUGGAGGAGGAAAUUUUUAGUUUGGUAGUGUUGUCCAAUGUAACGGGUGUUUUGUUGGAGAAUUUCAAUCGCAUAAAAUUACGUGUCCUAAUUAUCACGCGUGAAAAUGAACAUCUAAAGCAGGACUUUCGCUAUGUGCAAUGGAAAACGAUUGAGAACGACACCAACGAGCUCGCCAACACACCGUUUCGUCUCAGCAUAGUGGAGUCACGCAUGCUUACCUUUCACUUUCAUGAACAUUUCAAUGAAUCGUGUGUACACGCGUGUCACUGGCAGAUACAGUUCCCCAUUAUACGCAAAGAGGAGCCGAAAUGUGACCAACUGCCGAUAACCAAUUCACAAGUGGUUAUACGCGGUCUCAAGCCAUCCGAGCGUUAUCGUGUGAAUUUCUUCAGCUGCAAAACACAAACAUUCUAUGGACAAGUGGAUAGACAAACAUUGCCCGAUCCACCGGGAACGAUCAGCAAUCAACGCGUUAUACGACACAAUGGCCUAAAACUGCUUUGGGAUCCGCCUUUGCAGCCCAACGGCAAAAUUCACCACUACAACAUACUGUGGACCUUGGGUAAUGUGACACAUGAGGUCAACGUUUUGGACUGUACUGCAUGUUCCUUUAAGUUUCCGAACAUCUCCGAGACGGCGAAAAUCAAUGUAACUGUACGCGUUGUCGGCGAAACCGGUGUGGGCGCACCGAUUUUCAUUGACUUGCGUAGCAUAAGUCACCAUUCGCUGGAGAUUGAAUGCCCUUCAAGCGAAUCAGAGGUCUAUAGCGGCAUUAUUAUCGGCUCACUGCUCUCUGUGGUUUGUGUAGUUGUCUUCGCCUUGCUUAUCAUAUUUCAAAGACGACGCUAUAAGGCGCGCACACAAGGACCCACACAUCUCAGUUCGCCAUCAGAGAUGAAUUUCGGUAAUCUGAAUAAUCCCAGUAUACCCAGUGAAAGUGCUGGUGGUUUAAGCGGCAGCACCUUCCAGCAGGAUUGCCACGAAAUGCAGACGUUGAUACCGAAAAGUGGACGUUAUGUCGACAUACAUGCCGCGCGUCCAAAAGAAUACCAAACCACGCAACUACCGAAUGGCAAUGGUAACGGUAAUGUUGUGCGACGUCAACUCACUGUCGAAGUGGAGCCAAAUCCCAAUGUCACACAGCACGAUUAUGAGUUGGAUGGGCGGGCGAACGUAUCACAGCUGCCGUUGUGCAGCUCAACGCCGGAGAAAGCACCACCGGAUGGUGCACAUCCCUUUUUCAUACCUUUCAAGCAGACGCCGCCCAAUACCGUGGCCACGGCGCUGCCCAAACAUAGUUCCUCAAGUAAUUAUGCCAAUAAUGGCGGUGACGCUGGCGCGGGUGAUGCAAGCGGUUAUGUCGUGCCGCCCAACACGUUGCCACUCAUGUCAACGCCACCAACCACGCUGGCGCUCGGCGUAGCCGGCCAACAGCGCAGCGGCAGUUUUAGCAGUAGCAGCUGUGGUGGUAGUAGUGGUCCUAACGGUAGUCGUAGUAGUAGUAAUAGUAGUAAAAAACAGUUCCAUGCGAAUUACUCCAAACAUUCCAAAUCGAAUGAUGUGAUCUGUUUGCUCGCGGACGAAGAGGUCGCGGCAACAUUGACGCCCACCAGCGAAGCUGCCGUAGCGUUGGCACUAACGAAUGGUUUCAAGGCUGCAACAGUAGCCAGAACAACAGCGAGUGCGGCAGUGGCAGGCGAUGCGGCUAGAAUAGCAACAACAAAGGCAGGCGCUGGGCAACCUGCAAUGCUGACCACAACUAUUGCCACCAUGCAUGCGCCCAACCAAAAAAGUACUUCUACAAUUCUAGUUAGUCCCGCCAAUCAGCUGAAACGCGGCGCUUCGGUUAAGCUGAAAAAAUCCACUGCGGACAAUAAUAAGUCGCGCAACAAUUCCAUAGUUCCUGCCUUUGGAUCGAUGGCUGCCACGGGCAAAGCCACUGCUGCUACGGCCGCGUCAGCGAAUCCAUGGUCCACUACGGCGCCGCCGUUUACCGCGGCUGCAACGUCAGCGUCUACGUCGGCGUCGAGCAGUAAUAGCAAUGCUUUUAGUGUGGCGUUCAGCGGCGCGCAUCGUCGUCUCAACGUGGACCCGAACGGUUGA